AUGGUGGAGACACACCUCCCACUCCAACCUGGCGAUCAGUCAUCCGCGGUCCAGUCUCACCUGCGGUACGCAGCGACGACGCCGCACCUGAACCCACACGGGCUCGAGAUCCGCGAUGCCGGCAACGGAAGCGGACGAGGCAUCUACGCCUCACGCCGACUACCCGCGGGCACCCUGCUCGAGAUCUCGCCCGUCCUGCUCUUCCCGCCGGGCGAGUACGACAAGUUUGGCAGGCACACGCAGCUCGACGGGUACACGUUUGUCUGGCGUCGCACCGAGGCCGGCAGCAUCAUGGCCCUCGCCCUCGGCCUCGGCUCGCUGUUUAACCACUCGACCAGCCCGCAGGUCAACUAUCGACUCGACCACGAGCGGCAGUGCAUCACCUACACCCUCAUGAGGGAUGUCGAGGUGGGCGAGGAACUCUGCAUCAGCUACGGCGUGGGAAGGAUGUGGUGGGAAAAGGAGGAUGCCAUGUCGAUCGAGGAGCGGGAAAAGGUCGACGACGAAGAGGAAGAGUACAAGAAGAUGGCCGGCGUCGGUGCCGAGGGCUACGUCAGCAGCGAGGAGGAGGAGGCUGAGGGGCAGAAGGAAUCCGUCAAGACCGCCUCCUCGACGCCGUCCGGGAUCGAUCUGCAAGCGCAAGCCGGGCCCAGCCGCAGCCCUCCUCCUGCUCCGCCCGCCGUCGCCGCCGCAGCUUCCACCGACGCACGCCGCAACGGCUACCCACCGCUCUACCGCAUGACGUCGGCGCAGGAUCCUCGCACCAUCGCGCUGCAGACGACGGCGGCGUGGGUGGUCGACAUUUCGCCGCGCAAGAGCUCCGUGGCGGUCAAGUACGUCCUCAAGCAGGCCACGCGUCUCCAGUCGCGCGACGACAGCCGCUACUCGACGCGCCACCUGCGCUCGUUCAAGACCGAGAAGCGCAAGGUCGUCGUGACCACCGCCGACGGCGGGAGCGAGGAGAGGGAGGAGACGCUGAUACGCUUCCUCGUCUGUCUCCGCGACGCCCUGCCGCAGAGGGACGAGGUAAUCCAGCUGCUCCGGAAUGCACCGGACCAGGCGUUUGCACCGCCCCACUCUGACGCCGCCGGUGGCGACAGCGAGGCGCAGGAGCAGGAUACGGACCCGCGGCCCUACCUCGUCGACGUGCCCACGACUGCAGCGCCGAUCAAGGAUCGCCUUGCCGAGUGGGCGCAGGUCUGGCCCUGCGUCGUGCGGACCGGCACCUUCAGCCCCAACGCCGGCGGGCCCACGGCGCCACCGGGGACGACGUCGGUCGGGGUCGUGGAUCGAGCCGCCGAGGAAAAGCUGUGGAGCGCCGACGAGCGGCGGCUGCGCUGGGCCGUCAAUCGGCUCCGGCGCGUCGUCGCCCUGGCACGGAGGGCGCAGGCGAACGGCGAAAAGGGCAUCGCGGUGCACGUCACCCACCCCUUUGAGGAGAGCGCCAAGUGGGACGGGUGGAGCGAGAGAGAGGCGCGGGACUGGGCGCUCCUCGAGGGUGCAGAGGCCCCUCGGGUCGGAAGGGACGAGGGUGCGAGCACGCCGGCCUUUAUCAGGAGCGUCAUCGAGGUCGAUGCGACCGACUCGCGGGUGUCGCUUCGCAACCCGCUCAAGCACGCCGUCGUGCAGUGCGUGGCAAAGGUGGCCGAGCUGCGCAGCCAGGACCGUCGACGCAACCCUAUCCUCGCACCCAGCACACCCAACACCUCCAGCGGAGCAUCUACGCCCUCCUCGACCUCGACCUCGACCUCGACCUCGACGACGACGACGACGACGACGACGGCGCCGAGCAACGGACAAGACUACCUGCUGACGGGCCUGGUCCUGUUCACGACGCACGAGCCGUGCGUGUACUGCAGCAUGGCGCUGGUGCACUCGCGCGUCAAGGCCGUCUACUUUCUCCUCGGCGCGCCCGGCCGCGGCGGGUGCUGCGGCGCCACUGCUCAAGCCGGCCGCGCGAGGGGUCUCAACCACGCCUUCCAAGUGUGGAGGUGGAUGGACGACGUCGUCGCCACCAAGGGCCAUGUUGGCGGCGACGAGUGGAGGCUGGAGAGGAUCGGCGUAGAGCUAGAUGUGGGCAAGCUGGAUCCGUAA